UAGGCGUUCCAAUGCUUACCGGAAGCAAGUGUGUGUCCUUGGCAUGAUUGAGUCGCGUGUGGGAAAUAUUCGGGGUUUAAUGGUUUAAGUGGAUGUUGAUCUGAUUGUUAGGCCUAGGUUCGAGUGUGCUAGCUAAUUCUGGCCAAACCACCAUGCCUCUCCACAAGUAUCCCCCGAAAAUCUGGGAAGCGUUGAAGCUGAAGCAGGGGAUCUACACACGUCUGCCCAAACACUACCUGCGGUCGCUUGAGGAGAAGAGGGAGCCCAUGCCUGUCCACUGGAGGCCACUGGGGGUGAAUUACAGAGUCAGCCCCAAGACAGGGCUCAAAGAGCGGGUUCAGGACAUUCCUAUCCCCAUCUACUACCCUGCAGAGUCCCAAAAAGGUCUUUGGGGAGGAGAGGGCUGGAUAUCAGGCUUUAAAUAUGCUAAAAAUGACAAACUCUGCCCCCGCUUGGCUAAGACAUGGAAGCCUCAGCUGUUCAACAGGGAGCUGUACAGCGAGAUCCUUGACCACAAGUUCACCAUCACAGUCACAGCUCGUGUUCUUGACCUCAUCGACACUGCGUACGGGUUCGACUUCUACAUACUGAAGACUCCCAAGGAGGAUCUGAAAUCCAAGCUGGGAAUGGACCUGAGGCGGGCCAUGCUGCUGCGUCUGGCCCGGAGAGAGACAGAGCUCUACCCUGAUGACCCAGUCAAGAGGGAGAAGAUUUAUAACAAAUACAAGCAGCACUUGGAGGUCCCGGAGGAGGAGGCAGAGUGGGUGGGGCUCAAUCUGGAGGAGGCUGUGGAGAAACAAAGACAACUUGAAUAUAAGGACCCAGAACCUGUGUUUAAGAGCUGUGUGGAUAACCUGGUCACACAACUGACCAUCCAGAAACUCUCAGAGCCCGAGCUGAUAGAGAGGAAGUGAGGAAAAAUGUACCACUGGAGAUAACGAGGUCACUUCUUAUAAAGUAUGAGGUCACAUCCUGUCCCAAUGAACACUGGAUUAAACACACUAUCAUAUUCCAGAGAAAGACACUUGUACUUGUCCAAAGUUGUUGUGUAUUCUGAUCAUGCUAGGAGGAGAAAAGGAAAGAGCAAUUUUAAACAAGGGAGGACAGAAGGAUACAUUUUGGGGGGAAAUUUGAAAAUUUCUUAACAGUAACAAUACUUCUCACCUGACAAAGGAAUUUUCUCAGACUCUAAACUGUAAAUAUUCUCAUAAUUUCUGUGUUAUAUGUGAAUGUUAGAAAGUGCUCUGGAGCAGUGAUCCAAGGAAUAAAUCUUCAUAUUUCUUCA